AAAAAAUCAACAAAAUGGACGCUUCGAGCUGCAAGAAUCUUCAACGCCUUUGCCUUUACCUGUUUGUAGGCUACGCCCUGAUUAUCCAAGCUGUGGCAGCUGAAAAGGAGGUUCCGGGGACUAGGUUUGGCGAAAGUGUUGGAGCGCUGACGCUUAAUUUCCACUAUUGCUACUCGUGCGGCUACCAAAAGGCCUUCGAUGGCUACGUUAAUAUCCUGCGCACAAAGUUUCCACAAAUUCGAAUCCAAGGCUCCAAUUAUCAGCCUCCCGUCAUCAAUUACCAGCUCGCCAAGCUCGCUUUUCUAAUCAAAAUAGUCAGCAUUGCGUGGGUGCUGUGGAGCUCCGGCCUAUUCACAAUUGUGAACACUCCCAUUAGGUGGAACCGUCAGCAAGCGACAAAACUAUACGCUUGUGUUAUGAUCUUCUUCCUGGGAAAUGCGAUUGAAGGCCAUCUCAUCAUGACGGGCGCAUUUGAGAUUUCACUGAACGAUAUGCCCAUCUGGUCAAAACUGCAAGCCCGUCGCAUGCCGAGCCCUCAGGAGCUCAUGCAAAUCAUACAUAAUCAGCUGCAGUUCUGCGACCAGCCUGGAAACCCAAAUUUUGUUAAAUAGUGGAUAGCAACCAUCCGCUAAUCAAUGGAAAGGGAAGGAUAAGGGAAUUGUAUACGUUUGCGAGACCACGAAUCGGUUCUAAACGGCGCAAUAACAUGAACAUAUCUAUUCGAUUUUAUUUCAUUUACAAACUAAAACUAUAAUUCCACUGAAAAGCUCUUCACAAUGCCAAAGAAAACACAGUUCUACAGAUAAAACAGUUGUACACACAAUAUAUAGUAGGUAUAUCUUACAAAGAGUACA